AUGAGACGGUCAUAUCUUUCAGUUUUUGAGCCAGCAUCUCCAACAAGUUUUGAAGUGUUUGAUGGAAAGAAUCCAAGAAAAAGAGUUCAAAGAAAGAAAAGAUGGUGUCAGGCUAUUAAAAUGAAUGCUGUAAAAAAGUUUUAUGAAUUAGGUUUAACGAAAGCAGUUCGUGUAUUAAUUGAACAACAUCCAGAGCAAUACAAAGAUUUAACUCCAUCAACAUUACAAUAUUGGGUUCAAAUGCUAUCUCCAGUUCUUACAACUAAUUAA